AUGGACGCUGUCUCUCGAGUACCUCCAGAAAUCUGGCUCGAGAUAUUCGAAUACGCCAGCUCUAGCCCUGUGCCCAACCUUCUGGACGUCGAUAUACCCCAUCCGUUCUCCACCGCAGCAUCAAGUUCUGCGACAGAUUACUACGACCUGGACUGCUUGCGCUCAGCUCUUCGGACUAAACGCUCUCUUGUAUUGGUGAAUCGCUCUUGGAACAGCAUCGCAUCAGAACUUCUCCAUCAGGUGCUUCUCAUCGACAGCCUACACGCUUGUCGCGCGCUCAGUGAUAACAUCGAAAGCGGGUGGGACGAAUCUACUGGGGCAUCAGUGAAACACCUGCUUCUGGGUACAUUGUGUAGAAGCUCCUGUCAGUAUCUGCCUACCAUCCUGCGGAAACUGCCAAACGUAAAGAUACUUUCCCUAUGGAACGCGAAUAUCGCGCUGUCAGACCAGCGCACCGCCGACGUGAUAGUGGACAUCUUCGCCCCCUCCCUUCUCAGGGUGCACGUCUACGGCGAACAGCUGGCAGGGCCGCAGCUCGCCAGUCUCUUCGACGUCGUCCACAGCGCUCCCCAUUUACGCACCCUCAUCGUAGACUGCAAGGAGAUCCUGGGGGGGUUCGUUGUCCCACCGCUGCCAGACUUAACGUUUGUCGCGGGACACAAUCUCACAAGGAAUCCCAUGGACGCUCUCAUGAUGCUCGCGAAGGUCGACGAAGAUCCCUUUCCGCGCUUACAGCACAUUCAUCUGCCAGCCAGGCGCCUCUUCGCGCGUUCCCACAAUCGUGCCUUCGAGAUCACAUCACCGUCCGCCACCAUCGCUACUGUCGAUCUGCGGCGGGAUUGGGAGGUCGGACCAGAGUACGAUCUCUGGUCGGGCCUUUCGGCGCUAUGGGCACGUUGUCCAGGUCUCACGCAUGUGCACCUUGUCCUUGCAUGGCAGCAGUUUGCCGCAAGCGAUCGCUUUCCUGCCCAACUGGGCACUUGCGCCUUCACGCUCCCGCAAAGCAUGACCCACCUGAGCAUAUUGGCCACGUUCACGGGAACGUUCAGAAUGAGCCUAUUCGUACAAUGCUGCGAAGCCCUGCUCAAAUCGCUUGAGCGUGUCGGGCGCAGCCAUCCGACCCUCCAGGUUGUUCGCUUCACCAAUCCUGUACUCGUUCAGCGCACGCGGCAAGCGGCGGCGGCGACGGAGAUGGGUUUCGUGAAGACAACCGCUCUUCGCGUCAGCGAUGUCUUCCUGACUGCAACUCCUGCAAUGACAAUCACGACCUUCUCAUGUGCAUCUCCUUCUGACCAUCUUUCCCCGGGCUCUGUAUACGUGACUACUCUCUUUCGUUUGCGUUUGUACUACCUCAUGUCUCUUUCCAUCCAUUCGUUCGCACGAUCUCCCUCCCUCUCAUCCCUCUCGCUUGCUUUCCUUGAUCAUGUUAUUCAGCUAUAG